UACCUGUGUUAUCAUUGUUAUCAAGUGCGGCCAACUUCACAGUUAUAAAACGCCGGUGGCUUCUGUCAACACACAGUUCUCGUGUCACAUAUGGCCGCAAAGAACCGAGACAAUCUCACCAUGGUGCGACUAGUGGAAGAGCAGUCAACCCCCUUCAGGAAGGAGAUGGUUCGGCAGUUCACGUGGCAUUCUGCGUCGGGCAUCUCUGUCACUGUCAUCUCGUAUGGAGCCAUCAUACAGUCUGUCAAAGUACCCGACAAGAACGGCGAGAUCGUCGAUAUCGUCCUCGGUUUUGACGAUGUCGACAGUUACGUCCAGCGCAACGUGCCGUACUUCGGCGCCACGGUGGGGCGCUGCGCCAACCGCAUAGCGCGUGCCCAGUUCGAGAUAGACGGCGUGCAGUACAAGCUAGCUAAGAAUAUAGGGGAGAACCACUUGCAUGGCGGGAUCGUCGGGUUUGACAAGGUAAACUGGCAUACAACAGUCGACGGCAACAAAGUGAUCUUCAGCUAUCUCUCCGCCGACGGCGAGGAGGGCUACCCCGGCGACCUGGUAACCAGCGUCACAUACGAGCUGACAGACGACGAUCGCUUCCACGUUGACUUCCAGUCCAUGUCUACGAAGAAAACGGUCGUGAACCUGACUAAUCACUCGUACUUCAACUUGGCUGGACAUGAUGGGGGGGCUCAGGAGUUGAUGAAACAUGUGGUCGCUUUAUUCGCUGAUAAAAUCACUGAAACCGAUGAAAACUCCAUCCCGACCGGUCGCCUGACCAACGUGGGGGGCACGCCGUUCGACCUGCGCACGCCGAAGCGACUUGGCGAUAUCAUAUCUAAGAACCCGAAGCUGUUUGACGACAAUUUCUGCAUUACUACGUUUGGGAAGGAGGAUCUCUACUACAUCUCCCGCGUCGUCCACCCUCCCUCCGGCCGCUACCUCGAGGUGUACAGCGACCAGCCCGGCGUCCAGCUUUACACCAGCUACUUCCUCCCAGCUCCUACCGACGCCGCUCUCGUCGGCAAAGGCGGCGUCGGCUAUAGACGACACGGUGCUUUCUGUUUGGAAACUCAGAAGUACCCAGAUGCCGUGCACCAUGAGAAGUUCCCUAGUCCGAUCUUGAAGCCUGGAGAUGUUUAUCGUCAUAGAGUCGUUUAUGCGUUUGGAUCGGAGAACGCUUCUGAGCCUACGGUGGUGUCUACUUAACCUUAUGACCUCGACUUGUAUUUAAAUGAUUGUACCAUUUGUAUCAGAUAUAUCUUAUUAAAUAAUUACUUAUUCCUUUGAAACGAUGACCCAACCUUUACUUUGGACUCAGAAGAAUUCUGAAGCAUCAGCUUUGUAGCAAAACGUCAGUUUCAUAGGUAAUGAAGAGCUGUUAAGUCAGAUGCCGAUAUCGAAUUUAGAAGCAUCGGGUUAAUGAUUUUGACGAAUAUAAUUACUGUAAUGAAGAAUGUUUAAUACGACGAUUUUAAUGCUUUGUAUUGAGGCCAUGUGAUUAUUAUACGAUCUUACAUAUUA